GCUGCUGCUCAGUACGGGAAAUCUGCACGUCGAAUUCGAUACUGUUUCGCCGAAAAAACUCUUUAAAAUCCCUACUGAUAGAAUGUCCUUUCUCCCCAUCAUCUUCUUCUUUCCCGAUCUCUGAAAAUUCUCAAAUCUGAAAUUGAUCGGAUUCGCCAUGGCAAUGGCGAACGCUAAGCUUCAUCCUCUGCUUCUCGCUUUCCUCUGCCUCUUUCUUCUGCUCCUCCCUGUGGCGAUUUCGGCAGAGUGUCAGUGCCCUGAAGAAGAAGGAGAAGAAGAAAUAGGGCACCACGAUAAAUCCGCAGCUCUGAAAUACAAAAUCGUUGCCAUAGCUACGAUUCUUCUCGCCGGAGUCAUCGGAGUAUUUAUACCUAUGCUCGGGAAGGCGUUUCCGGCUUUAAGUCCGGAGAAGGAGAUUUUCUUUGUGAUUAAAGCCUUUGCCGCCGGCGUUAUUCUGUCGACCGGAUUCAUCCAUGUUCUUCCCGAUGCUUACGAGAGCCUGACGUCGCCGAAACUGAAAGACGGUCCGUGGGGGAAUUUUCCGUUCACUGGCUUGGUGGCUAUGGUGGCGGCGAUCGGGACUCUAAUGGUGGACGCUGGCGCCAGUUCUUAUUACACGCGGCUCCAUCUGAGGAAGGCUCAGCCUACGGUGAGCGGCGAUGAAGAAAUGCACGGCGAUGCUCACGAGGGCCACGUUCAUGUUCACACUCACGGCACUCACGGUCACGCUCAUGGCUCCGUCGAAGUCGCCGGAACGACAACGGAGAUUCUCAGGCACCGAGUAAUCUCUCAGGUAUUGGAACUCGGGAUAGUGGUACAUUCUGUAAUUAUAGGGAUUGGUUUGGGCGUUACUCAAAGCCCGAAAACGAUUAGACCUCUUGUGGCGGCCAUCACCUUUCAUCAGUUAUUUGAAGGAAUGGGCCUUGGAGGAUGCAUUGCUCAGGCGAAGUUCAAGCACAAGGCAGUAAUAAUAAUGGCGCUUUUCUUCUGCCUCACGACACCAGUCGGGAUAGCAAUAGGCAUAGGAGUAACGAACAGUUAUAACGAAGACAGCCCAAAAGCUCUAGUAGUUGAGGGAAUUUUGAAUGCAGCAUCAUCUGGAAUCUUAAUCUAUAUGUCUUUGGUGGAUCUUCUGGCGGCUGAUUUCAUGAAUCCCAGAAUGCAGAGCAAUGCAAAGCUUCAAAUUUUGGCUAAUAUUUCCCUUAUUCUUGGAGCUGCAUUGAUGUCUUUACUUGCCAUAUGGGCUUGAAAUUCACACCAUAAAGCCACAACCCUGAACAACCAGUUUUGCUUUUUUUUUCUUCUUCUUCUUCUUUUCUGCACUUCGAAGUUUUAAUUGUGUAUAUUGGGUUUUUGGUAUAGUGAAGAAGGGUACCAGAGAUGCUAGAUUGAUUAUAUACC